GUCACAUACUACUUAGGAAACCCAUCUCUGAGGGGAGCCUCACCUGGGGCCAGGAGAUUGGCACAAAGUGUAUGUGUCCGUGGUGGUGCAGAAGGAAGAAGAGCCCAGGGGCUGGUGGUCAGUGCUACCCAGCAGGUGCUGCGAUUUAUCAAGAUCAGCAUGUGCCAACCUGGGGAUGCUGGAGGCCAGGACAACACUUUCCAAAGCAACCACGGACUUGUAGGGGAUUUUUGGCUGCCUCAGUGUUGGGGUUCAUGAGCUGCUCAGAACUGGACACUUCAGAGAAGCCAAUCGUUUGCCCUGCUCACUGCUCCCAGCUCUGCAGGGUCUUAUCUCAGGGUUCCUCAUCUUUCAAGCUCUCUGUCCUUCACCAAGUGCCCUUGUCCAAUAUUUUCUUCUUGUCCUCCAGGCAGUAAGAGUGAGGGCAUGCUGGCUUCCCUUCGGAAUGAACAAAGCUCAAAUAGCAGCAUUUGAAAAAAAAAAAACAAACAACAGUUCACCCUUGCUUUACAUCUUAGAAGAGCUGCAAAGAUCCGGGGAUGAAGGCAGCUCUUGCUCUCACUGCCUUUCCCCCAUGGCAGCUGUAUGGGGAGCAGGGAGAGGGAUGGGAUUGUCUCCUGGCCAGCAGCACUUUCACACUAUUGCUCCUGCAGUCAGACACAGUUUGCCAAGGCAUGUGGUCAAAAUGGUGCAGAGGAAAGUUUAAAAAUUAAAAAAAACCAAAACAACCCAGUGCUUUCAAAUGAGGGGGACUGAAAUUCAAAAGAGGAAUGAGGGAAGGUCAUUUAGCACAGGCAGUAACAAGGGACAAGAGUAAAAAGGAAAGACCCAGGCUUUUGUGGCAGGAACAAAGCAGCAGACCUAUCACCCACUCAUGCUCACAGCUCCCACAAUUACCUUUGCUCACUCUUUCAAAACCCUCUCGUUAGUAGCUAGGUAAGCAGCUUUUAAUAAAAAUGCUGGCACUGGUACGCCUCUUCCCCUGGCUGGAGUAAGGAUGGUCGGGUAAACUGCUGCUCAAAGUGAAAUGGCCUAGGAUAGGUCUGGGGCAGUGGCUGUCGAGGCAGGCAGGCUGGACGAGUCCUGUACACCAGGUUAGUGACUGCAGUGAUUUCAGGGCCAUCAGCUCAGCUGCUGAUGGGGCUUCCCCUCUGCCAGGGGUGAGGGGCAGGAAAGCCCAGUUCCCCACAGUGCUCAUCCUCUUCUCAGCAGCAGCUUCCCUGUUGUCACUGCUUCUCUCCACCAUCCAGUUUCACUUCAGAAAUGGUGAAAAAAUGCUCUCAAAGCCAUCACCUCACCCAUUAACAAAAUGAGGAACCUGGGGUCAGAAAUAGAGCUGGACCACCACAGCAUGUGAGAGAACAUCACAUGUGAGAGCAGUUUGGGUGUGAAGGUACCUUAAAGAUCAUUGAGUCCCAACCCAGGCAGAGACACUCCCACCAGCCCAGGCUGCUCCAAGCCCCAUCCAACCUGUCCUUCAACACUUCCAGGGAUGGUGCCUCCACACCUUCCCUGGACAAUUUGUGCCAGCUUGUUCACCUCACGGUGAAGAUUUUAUUCCCUCUAAACCUGCCCCUCUUUCCAUCUGAAAUCAUCGCCCCUUGUCCCAUCACUACACCCCCUGAUUCCAUGUUCCUCUCCACCUUUCCUAUAGCCUCCCCUGGAGCUCACAAGCACACUUGACCACACUUUAGGGGUUUUCUUAAUGUUUAUUCACCAUGGGCUAAAAAAAAAAAAAACAAACCACACUUUCUCCCACCUCAGGCCGGCUUGCUGGCCCGAGAACCAAGAGGUGAAACCUGAGGUGCCAUUACCCCAAUAGCUGCGCGGACACGCGCUCCCGCCUUCCGGUUCCGCCGUGCCCGGUUCGGUUCCGCCGCAGCGGGCCGUGCCCCACCCAGGCUCAGCCCGCCGGGCCCCGUCCUCUGCGCAGGGCCCGCCGGGAGCUGUAGUUGGCGGGCGGUGCCGGCGCGUAGCUCCGGUCCCUCCCGUCCCUCCCUCCAUCCCUCCCUCCAUCCCUCCCUCCAUCCCUCCCUCCAUUCCUCCAUCCCUCCCAUCCCUCCCUCCCUCCCUCCCUCCCUCCCUUCUCGGCGUGCGGGGCCAUGGCCGUCCGCUCCCUGCGGCGUUUCGGGUCUGUCGUCUCGGCGCGGUGCGGCAGUUUAUAUUUCAGAGGGUCCCCAUGUGUUUUCAGCACUGCAGCUCAGCAGAGAAGUACAGGAGAUGAAUGUGGCCCAGAAGACCCCUGUGAUGAAUCCAAACAUCCCCUAUCUGACCAUGCCUUGGAGCACAAAGCCAUCAAAUUGGAAGAACAAGUCAGGGAUUUAACUGAGCGGUACCGGAAAGCUUUGUCAGAUUCUGAGAAUGUCCGGAGGAGAACGCAGAAGUUUGUGGAAGAUGCCAAGCUCUUUGGGAUCCAGAGUUUCUGCAGGGACCUUGUGGAGGUAGCAGAUAUCCUGGAGAAGACUGCUGAGAGUGCUGCAGAAGAAGCAGAACCUUCUGAUCCAAAUCCAACCCUGAAGAAAAUCUACGAAGGUCUCUCUCUCAUAGAGGCCAAAUUGCAAAGUGUGUUUGCCAAGCAUGGCCUUCAGAAGAUGAACCCUGUUGGUGGCAAAUAUGAUCCCUAUGACCAUGAAAUAGUCUGCCACGUGCCAGCAGAGGGGCUGCAGCCCGGCACGAUCGCACUGGUGACACAGGAUGGCUACAAACUCCACGGCCGCACCAUCAGACACGCGCUUGUCGGCGUGGCAGUGGAGUCACAGGAAUGACAUGGGCUCAGCCCGUGGCAUCUGGGACCUUACUGAGCUGGGGACCCUCAGCACACAGUCACAGCUGCAGCUGCAUGUCUUUCCUUAUUUAUUAAGCUAGGUUUGUAUUGUACGUUGGCUUCUUUAAAAUGUGUGUGGGCAUUUUGCCGUUCAUUCUAAGGUACUUGUGUAUUUAAUAAUCCUUUUUGGAGUAUGUGAAGUAGUACUAGGAGUCCUGCUAUUUGUCAGAAAUGUGGAACUGUGGCCCCUUUCUCCAUUGCUCGUUCUCCAUUAAGACUUGUUAUGGGGAAGAGAGGAGAGACGGGAGAGAAAGGGAAAUUCUCUGAGAGCUAAGGAAUCUUGUCUCCUGAUUCCAUCUCUUUGAGACAGACUCCUGCAGUGGCCUUCAGGAAAAUAACUUCACUGCCUCAGUUUCCAUAUCUGUGUUAAGGGAACACAAUAAUACUUACUGACCUACCUCACAGGGUUGUGGCGAGGCUUUUUUUUUGCGAAGCACUCAGAAGAGGAAAGCUCAAAGAGCUGAGUAAUAUUAUCAGGCUGGUUUUGAUGUCUUCCCUUGGCCCCAGACCCCUCAGUUGGGAAUGAUCACUUGAAAUGACAUUUAGGAGCAGCUUUUUCUCAUGUCACUUCAGGGAAACAAUCCUGAAUUAAAGAAAUCUGUGUUGUACUACAGUUGAAUAGGGAUGAGGUUAUAAUUAGAAUUCUGUUGUUAGGUCAGAGUUUAAGGUGUUAACAUUUGUUCUCCAGGUAAAACUUCAGCUUGCCUCCUUGUUCUUAAAGGUAAGCCAGGUGGUGGUUCUUGGUGGAGCCAAAAGACUGUUCUCAAAUCUAUCUUUUCCCAACCAAAAAGUAUGUUUUAGAGGAGUUUAAUCUGUCUUCCCUGAUGGGCCUUUGUGCAGCGUUCAAGCAUGAUAAACUAUAUGCUCUUUGUUGCAGCUGCUGGCAAAAUGGAGAUGUGCCCUUAAGCAGGAAAUCUGGACUGUUGUAUUUUCUCAGCUCUCCAAUAAUGGUACUCAGAUAACAACUUCCAGUUCACAUUCAGAUUCCACUUUUGUGUGGUCAUGGAAAACAUUAAACCUUUAGGGUUUUGA